UGUAGAGAGGCAGAGGGGAAAGUCCCUUCUCGCGUACGUCCGAUCAGGCUGCCGAGAAGCAACCCUCGUAUAUAGGAGGGUUCAGGGUGGAUAAAGCUGCUGGAUACGUAGGGGGUAAGGGAUUCGCGUGAAGGGAGGGGGCCAGCGGUGAAGAGCGGGGGGAGGAAGAUCUACAGCUGUGUUGGUGUUGCGUGUGCUUUACACGGAACCGGCGAAGCUAGGAGUACGGCGAAAGAGAAACAAACGCUUCGACCUAACACGUUGCGCGGAACAAGGAUAGAAAAUCGGUUGGAGAGAGAAGCUCGUUGAGAAACACAGAGAGACAUAUACGAUAAAAGUGCGCGUAGAAACGAGACGGAAAUGAAAGGUGCGUGGGAGUAAGGGAGUAAGCGUGCGAGAGAGAACGAUGCAGACAGGAUCGCGGUAUGCGAGAAGAAGAGAGAGGUCUCUCUCCCCAUGAUGUACGUAUACAUCCUGGUCCCUUAUUCCCUGUACGUGCAAAGGGGGUUUCGAGAGGCUAGCAACGGUGGAGCCACGACAACGAGCUACAACCACGACGGCGAACACGACUACUACGACACCGCGUGGGGGUUGCACGAAGACCCCCUGGUGGGGUUCUGGCUGGCGACCCCACAGUCCCCCGCUGGAAAUGAUAUCAGUCGCGACUCGGUCGAGGGAGCCCCAGCACGUGCCGUGCCCCUCGCAGAGUGAGCCCACUAGCUUGCUCGAUUCUUCACUUGGUGUACGUUCUUCGCGUACGUUUUCUUUCGCGGUACGUGUUUUUGCUCGAAACUGGUUAUUUCGGAGAACACGAAAGGGUGUAUGGUGGUUGUGGAAAAGGAAAAAGUGAAAACUUGCCACGGUGUAUUUUAACCUACCCCUUCUUGGAUCGUAUUCGCCGAUUGAUCUCGCUGCUGAUAUUUUAAUCCGACGAGACCUUUCGUAACCUUUAUCGUCUUGUACAAUCAAAGAGAACACUGGACACGUUACAAUAAUGGGUGAAAAAACAUUUAACCUCACCUGGAAUAAUCACCUAGCAAACUUGUCUGGAUUGUUUGAAGGAUUAUAUAAGAGUGGUUCCUUGACUGAUACUACGUUAGCUUGUCAAGGUGGCAUGCUGAGGGCGCACAGAUUAGUCUUGGCAGCAUGUAGUCCUUACUUUGAAAGAGUCUUCAAAGAACACUAUGGUGAACAGCCAAUUCUUAUUUUAAAAGGUGUCGCGGUCGAAGAAAUGGAAUGUCUCCUCGACUUCAUGUAUCGAGGUUCGAUCGACGUCGCCGAGGAACACUUGCCAUCUCUGAUUAAAACUGCGACAGAUCUAGAGAUUCGUGGUCUUUCCGGCGACCAGAGGAAUCAAGACAACAAUCGUAGCCCCUACACUAGGGUAGAGACACGAAUGCAACGAUGUCACAUAGAAGCCAGAGUUCACACGACGGAGUACAUGAAGGAACCGUCCGCGAUUCCAUUCUUACCAAAACAGUCUUCCGUAGAGUCAUUAGAGGAUCAUAUAAAAGUGGAGGAGAUCGAGGUGGAAGAUGACCCCAUGGUGAUCGAUGGCCAUGAGGACGCGUUCGAUGAGCCCUUGCGAUCGCCGGAAACGCAAAUCAGACGUAUGCCACCACCGAUGUACAAACGAGAAACGAGAUUCAAAGGUCAGAAAAGAGUCUCCGUAGGACGUUCAACAAGAAAUAGCGAUAUACUGGAAUUCAGAUCGAAGGAACGCUUAGUUUCGAAAGAAGAUUCUUCGAGGGAGAGUUACGAGGAUUCAAACGCGUUUAAAUCCGAGCCGAAUUUUAAUAAUUCAUCUGCAGAUCCCACGGUACCGGAUAUACAGAUGAACGACGACUUACAAGAACGAGAUGAAAGUCUGGAUUCUUCAAAGAGCUCAGAUGAUAACCCAAGAUUGACCAUCAAGAAGAAGGGCGACAUCUCUACAAAGAGAUCAGGACUAAAUGAAGGUAAAGAGACCAGGCCGAUACAGGCGAAGUCUGAAAAGGCGCAAUACAAACCUUUCUCCUGCGACCUUUGUACUUUAGCUUUUACACGAGCUUCUCACUUGGCUAGACAUAGAAGAGUUCACACGGGCGAACGACCAUUUGCCUGUAACAUUUGUCCUCGAAUGUUUGCUAGACAGGAUAAACUGAAGCAGCAUGUGGACUCGCAUUUACAGUGGCCGAAAAGAAAGAAUAGCUUGUCGAGUUCGAGUUGUCAGUCAGCACCCUCUGUACCUGGCAAAGGAAAACGAGGUAGACCGAGAAAGGUAAAUUUAGAACAGUCAGCCAUGGAAGAAAUUUUGAAAUUCGGUGAAUUCAGUUCUCUCCUGAACAAAUCCCAUUCCGCGAAUUCAACAGACAAAAACGAGGAUUUUACUUCUAACGAGGAUGACAGAAAAAUGAAGGAACAAGAGGAAGACAUGGUAGAAGAGGAAAAUGAAGAUAAAGAUAAAGACGCGAAUAAAGAUAAAGACAAUUACGGUUGUCAGGUCGAAAAUGGUCAAGAUAUUAUUUAAAUAAUUUCCGUUUAUCUUCUUCCGUACUUUCACAAAAAAUAUUUUUCUAUGGGUAAGAAAUCAUAUGGUUAUAUAAUGACGAAAAUUACCGAGCUUUUUCGAUCAACGAUACGAUCCAGGUACUUUUCUCGAUUUUUCUUUAUCCAUUGGAUAACGUUUAAUAG